AUGAGUCAAAGUCAAAUUGAAAAUAAUGUUGAACUCAGUACUAUUGCAAAAAUGGAAUCAAAACAAAUACCAUUCGCUUAUUCAUUCAAUGUUGAAACACCUAGUCAACUUGUUGAUAUCAUGACUGAUCAAGGAGUGUAUUUACCAAUGGAUAUUGGUCUCAAUCAAAUGGCAAAUAUACGUUUUAUAAUAUUGACACGUCAUUUACAUCAAAUACCAUUUGAUAUAAUAAAAAUUGAUGAUUAUUGGUUUAUAGAAAAAGUUUUUCAUAAUGAUUUGAAGAAUUAUUUAAAGCAAGGAGAUCGUAUUCUUAUCAUAAAUAAAACAAUGAUUUCUGAUCAAUUACAAGAAACAGAUAUUUUUAAAUUAAUACUUCAUUCAUCAAUUCCAUUUAUUCUAUGGGUUACUUGGGAUAUAGAUAAAUUUUUGAAAUAUCAAACUAUAUUUCGACAAUGCGAAAAUGAAUAUGCCUAUCUCAAUGCAAAAGCUUAUUUACUCCAAACACAUCAUUAUAAUGAUAUUAGCUUAUACGAUCAUCUUGCAUUUAUUAUUGCUAAUGCGAUUCAAAAUCCACAGAAUAAUAUGGGUGAUCUCUUAGAAAAAUUAAAUCAAUAUGCACAAUAUCCAAUCUUACAAUCAGAUUUACGUCCAACGGAGGACACUACUAAAUUGACAAUGGUUAAAAUAUAUGCUCAAUUACUUGAAGGAAAAGAACGAGAUUUACUUCAAUCUAAAGAUUAUAUGAUCAAAGCUGUUCCUUAUCUAAUGGAAAUGGCUUAUUAUUGUUCGAAUGCUGGUUAUGGUAUUCAUACAACAGAGAUAAUAUUGUAUAAAAUUUUUUUUCUCAUAUAUAUGUGGGAGUGACCAGUCAGUAUGGUACCCCAUUUUGAUACACUCCUAUUGUAAGGAUAAAACAUACUAUUGUUCGGGUCAUAUAAGAGAGGAUCCUAGAUAACCCUGAAUUGGCCCGAACAACAUCAUGUUUUAU